AUGGAUCUCCUUCAUAAGGUUGAAGACGCCAUUACCGGCAAGAAGCAUGAGUCGCCCGAGUCGACUCAGUCUUCCAACUAUGGACCCCACUCGUCCAAGUUGGCCAACAAGCUUGACCCCCGUGUUGACAGUGACAAGGACAACCGUGCUGCCCACACUGCCCACACUGGUAUCGAUGACUCUCACAUUGGCAAGUCCAAGGACUUCGGUAGCGGCACUGGCACUGGAACUACCGCUGCUGGUACCACCACUGGCACUCAUGCCUCUGGUCUAGGCCCUAGCACCACUGGCGCCCACGGAGUCACUGGCACUCACGGCACUACUGGCAGCACCAACGUUGGCCCCCACAGUUCCAACAUCGCCAACAAGGUCGAUCCCCGCGUUGAUUCUGACCGCGACAACCGCGCUCGCCACGAGGCCAUGGCUACCUCCGGUACCACUGGCAGCGCCACUGCCGGUCCUCACAGCUCUGACAUUGCCAACAAGCUUGAUCCCCGUGUCGAUUCUGACCGCGAUAACCGUGGCCACCACCAGCCUAUGACUGGUACUGGCACCGGUGCCGGUUUGACCUCCACUCACGGAACUCACGGUACCACUGGCACUCACGGAGUCACCGGCACACACGGAGCUACUGGUACCCACGGAGUCACUGGCACUCACGGAGCUACUGGCACCCACGGCGUCACUGGCACUCAUGGCACUACUGGCAGCACCAACGUUGGCCCUCACAGCUCCAACAUCGCCAACAAGGUCGAUCCCCGCGUCGACUCUGACCGCGACAACCGUGCUCGCCACGCGGCCAUGGCUACCUCCGGCACUACUGGCAGUGCCACUGCCGGUCCCCACAGCUCCGACAUCGCCAACAAGCUCGACCCCCGCGUCGACUCGGACCGUGAUAACCGCGCUCAGCACCAUGGCGUCGGCAAUACUGCCACCACUGGCAUUGGCGCUACCCACGGCACCACUGGCACCCACACAUCAGCCCUCGGAGGCUCUGGUCUCGGCACAAGCACUGGCGCUCACGGCACCACCGGUACCAGCUACAACACCCCCGGCAGCAGCGCUACCAACGCCGGUCCGCACAGCUCUAACCUCGCUAACAAGCUCGACCCUCGCGUUGACUCGAGCCGCGAUACCCAGGCCCAGCACCACGUUGGUGGUACUACUACCGGUGCGGGUACACACACUUCGACUCUUGGAGGCGCUGGUCUCGGCACUGCUGGUCAUGGUGCUCCGGCUGGUAGCAGCUACAAUACUCCUGCUACUGGCACUACCGGUACUGGCAUCGGCUCCACUGGUACUACCGGUACUACUGGUACUACUGUGCACAGCUCGAACAUCGCCAACAAGCUGGAUCCCCGUGUCGACUCGGAUGUCACCCGGGCUCAGAAUGAGGGUGUUCAGCGCAAGUUCUAG